AAAAGCAAAAAAAAAAGAAAAAGAAGAGGAGUGAAGGGAAGAUGCAACUGAUCCUGAAACUCUGUAUGCAACCGUUCUGCAUGAUUGAAGGCUGUCCAAACCCCCAAAAAUAGAAAGCACAGAUUCAUCCGUUUCUCCCCCGACCUCGCCGCCGGCCGCCUCCGGGUCCCAAACCCUCGUCGCCUCCGCCGCCCGGGCCCGUGCGGACCUCCAACCCGUCCCUCCCCACCCGCGGAAUUCCACCGCCUGAUUUAGGUCGGGCUCGGCCGGCUGGGGUCGAGUUGGCGGCGGCGGCAGGCGAAGCGAUGGGGGCGAACGCCGACCCCACGGGCGGGCAUCUGGGCGGGCCCCACCAGCGCAACCCCUCCCCCGCGGCGCUAGCCCCGCCGCAGCACGGCGUGGCCGCGACCACCGCGGCCGCGCUGCGCCACGACCCGGGGCUCUCCGUCCGGUGGACGCCCGAGGAGCAGGCCGCGCUCGAAGGAGGGCUGGCGAGCUAUGCGGCUGAUGCAGCUGUAGUUCGCUAUGCAAAAAUUGCUAUGAAUCUGCCUGACAAGACAGUGCGAGAUGUGGCCCUGCGUUGCAGAUGGAUGACUAAAAAGGAGAGUAGCAAGAAAAGGAAGGAAGAGUUAUCUAAGAAAAACAAAGAAAAGAAGGAGAGAGCGAAUGAUUCUUCAUCAAAAGGGCCAGCUCACCUAGUGUCCCGACCUAAUGCCCCUCCAUAUUCCGUUCCAGUUCUUCCUAUGGAUGAUGAUGAUGUGUCAUACAAAACAAUUGGAGGCCAAACAGGUGAACUUCUUGAGCACAAUGCACAGAUCUUGAACCAGAUCUAUACCAAUAUUUCAAACAUGCAGGUGCAGGAGAAUAUCCCUCUUCUAUGUCAAACUAGGGAUAAUAUACUUGCAGUCCUGAAGGACAGGAUAAGUGAUGUUCCUGAUAUAAUGAAGCAAAUGCCACCCCUUCCUGUACAAUUGAAUGAAGAUUUGGCCAACUCUACGUUGUUGCCGAGGCCUCCGCAUACAUGAUAUGUGCAGCAGUUGGCUCAAUCAAAUCAACUGUGCAUGAAGAUCCGUUUAGAUAGAUGGGCUGUUUGCUUAUGACAAAUUGCAAUAGAUACCAGAUGCCUGAUUGUAACGACUCUCUAUACCUUGGUUCUAUUUGUUCAGCUGAUAGUAGGUGUUCCAUGUACAAAGCCAGCAGUUUCAGUCAAACAAGUUCGUAGCCCUCUAGUCCAUGUAGAAAAAUACAUAGGGUUAAGCUUCUGUACAGUUUCUAAAGAAAUAGCAUCUUUUCUCUUUCAGUUCUGUUUAGAAGUGGCAUUCAGCUCUAAUCGUACAAAAGAUGUUGGGACAUGAUAUUAUACAACAAAAGCUUAUUAAAUUUUGUCUUGGUGUAGUUC